GGGGAUGCCGAAAAUUAGGGUUUGGAGCUCCAUAGCCAUAGCCACAAGGGUCAUCGCUGCUGCGUUGAUGUGGAGAUCACACCUCCUUCUUCCAACCUCCGUGUCGAGGUGGUGAUGCGAUGUCGUGAAGAUGAACAUCGUGCUCAUCGUCAUCAACAAGAAUUAUUUAAAAUAAAAAGGAAACCCACUUCGAUAAGCGUGCAUGUGCAAAUUCUCUCCGCCCUAAGUGUGUGCUGUCAAGCAAGCUAUCUCUGCCGAAACUAGCGUGUAGUUGAGUGUGGCUGUGGCCGAGAGAGAGCCUCUCAUUAAUAUCGGUGGUGUUGUUGGAUCAUCGCGACCUCCGAUUACCAAGUUGCCGGUGUUUAGACAUUCACUUCUCAUAGUGGCUGCGUCGCGUGUGCCGUUGUGUGUUCGCCACUUCCAGCUAUGAGGGCAUCCGUUAGUAGGCCGCCUACGCCCGAUGCCGAUGAAGAAAUGGAACCGGAGCCUACUCUUCAGGAAAUCAUAAACAUCAAGUUGAUAGAAAGCGGGGAGAAAGAGAGAUUGAAGGAAUUAUUGCGGGAGCGGCUUAUUGAAUGUGGCUGGAGAGAUGAACUAAAGGCUCAAUGCAGAGCUUUUACCAGAAAGAAAGGUCGUGGUAACAUCACCGUGGACGAGCUUGUUCGCACCAUUACUCCUAAAGGUCGAGCUAUGGUGCCCGAUAUUGUGAAAGCAGAACUGCUGCAGCGCAUUCGAACAUUUCUGAUGACUGACUCCUCUUGAAACGACAUGGUUCUUCAUUCCUUGAGUUGUCCUCUAUUCGAUCUCUACGGAUACUGGGGGGACGGCCGCUACUGUCUUUGUAAUCAAUCCGUUCAAUUGUGUUUGUGUUGCUUCAUGUACAUAAACGUCGGUGUCAAUCUCGAAUAGGUUGUGCAUUAAGCACUUCUGGGAAAGGAACAAAGGAUGAAUGCCCUUGUAUAGAAUACUUCGUAAUCACUAUGAACUCCAAGAUCUUAUUUCUGGAAAUCAACAGGCGAAUGCUGGCUUUUGACUUUACUCAUUUUUGUACGAAAAAGGGUGUUUUUAUUAGUCAAGGUGAA